AUGAUCGAUGAAACGGAUCUUCAUAAACACGAUACUCUUCAAAAUGAAUACAAAAGGCUUGCUCAAAACUACAUUAAAAAUAGUUCUUCAACAAUUGCAGAAAUGAUUGAAAAUUUUCAGACCAAAAACAAGUCAUACCUUUUUGGUAUUACAAAUUUACUUGAAGAGAAUGCCGAAAAAAACGAGAAUAAUCAACAUUGGAUUAAUUUUAAUAUUAUUAAGCUUAAUGGAAGUUUACUUGGAUUUAUCAUUGAUUCAAAUGAAUAUAAGGUAGAUGAAAACAAAUUCAAAAACUUCUUAAAAACUAUAAUCAAAGAAGAAAUUAAAUUUAUCGAUUACAAUAAUCGCGAUGCAUCUUCUGCUUCUGUUGAAAAUAUUGCAAUUGCGAUGAGCCAGAUCGAAAUUUUUAUUCUUUUACUUCAAAAUGAAAAACAAGAGAUAGAAGAAAAAUUUCAAUCGUUAAAAUUGUUUCAGAAAACUAAUCAAGCAAUUGAAUUUGAAAAAUUGAUUGUCGAACAAGGUUUAAGUAUGAGAAUAAGAACGAAACCAACACUGAAAAAAAUUCUGUCCCCGUUGGAAUCAGUUCUUCAUAGUGAUACAGAAUAUAAAUUGCCAGAAAAAAAUCAAUUGAAAAUGUUAAGUAGUAUAUUGGCAAGUGAAAAUUUUUUACCACGAGCCAAUGAUGACAUUGACCUUGUAAAAGAAGUAAUUCGUUUUCUAGCCAUAUUGAAAGAUCGAGGAGAAGCAUUUAAUGAAGAAAUUAAGAAAAACGUUCGAAAGUACUUUAUAGAAAAUAGAAAUAAAUAUCAAGAAAAAAUUGAUGAAUUCAAUACUAAAUUACAUGAAAAUAGCCGAGAUACAACUGUUCAAGGUUGUUUAGAUUUAACUUUAAGAGAUCGACUAGAAUUCUUAGUUAAUAUGAAUAAAUUAAUACCCGAAGAAAUUAGUCUGAAUGAUAUUGAUGGGUUUUUCAAAUUAUUUUCGGAGAAAAAUCAACAACAGAGAUUAGAAAUGGAGAAAAAUCAAUUGAAGCUCUCGAAGGAAGGAAGUAGUCUAGAAGAAUCAAUGAGAAUCAGUAAUGCGAUAGGUGACAUUGAAGAAAAACUCGAUUAUUACGCAAGAAUAUCUGAAAUUAGUAAAGAAUUGGAUUUUAAUGAUUUAACUAUUAUAUUAGGAGAUAAACUGACCUUAAAUUCUAAUAAAGAAGGCUUUUCUUUUUCUCAAGAAACCUUUCAGAAAAUAUUCGAAAUUGGAAAAAUAACAGAAAAUAAUCAAGUAGCUUUAGCAGCUAUUAAAAUAUUCAAUUAUAAUGAAGCAUUUUUAUCCAAUGUAGAAGAAGUUGAACAAACAUUAGAUAAUAUUUUACCAAAAAUUAACCAGGAGGACACUGGAAUUGUUUUAAUGUUAUCGAAAAAACUGAAUAUUAGAAAUAAUUCUAGUUUAUUGAAAUUUCUACAUAAGAUAUUAAUCGACUAUCCGCAUCCAGAGGAACGUAAAGAAGCAUUUGAGAUUUUACAAUCAGUAAAAAUCAGGUCUGAGAGCAUGAAAUAUAUAAAUGAAGCAAUUAAAUUAGAAGACAAAUGUUUCAAAAAUGAUUCGAGUAUAGUUCGAGAUUGUUUAAAACAUGUUAGAAUGAGAUAUCAAUUAACAUUAAAUUGUUUCGAAGAAUUAAAAAAGCAUUUUUAUGAAAACGAAACUAUUGAAAUAAUCAUCGAAAUUCUUGAGCGAGAAAUACAAAAUUUACCAAAAGCUUUUAUUGAAAAUAUCUUGGAAUACGUUAAAUCAUCAGCAUGGGAAAAAGGCAAUCAAAUGAAUGUAUUUCGAAUGAUUAAAUCGUUAUUUAAAAUUAAACAAGUCAGUUUAAAAGAUAUUCCAAAUAUCGGUGAAUUAAUUGACAAUUCCAAAUCUUAUGGGGAUGGGAUUUUUGAUUUAUUAUUUCUUGAACAUCAAAAUGGCAAUGGAAUUCCAAAAGAUAUUCUUGUUAAAAUUAAAAUGGCUGAAAAAAACAGUCAAUAUGCACGAAAUUUAAUGAAAUUAAUCGAAAAAACGCCCACAGAUAUCGAUAUAUUCAAAAAUCCAAGGAAUAGCUUAGAAGUACGAAAAACUGCUUUAGAAAAUAUUAUCCAGGCCAAACAAAAUUAUACAUCAGAUACAGUCAAAUUAUUAGAAUCAAUAAUUAAAUUUGAUACAAACUUGAGAAUCGAUACAUUUAAAGCAUUGAUCGCGAUAUUACCAGAUAAUUUUAGUCAAACAACUGAUUUUAACAUUGAUUUAAUUGAUAUUGGAAAAUGUAUUGGAGACGACGAGAAGAUUUCUAUUGAUGACUUGACUCGUUUGAUACAUAAGGAUAAAAUGAAUGAAAACUUAGCAGGACUUUUACCAAUGAUAAUCAAUCGAAUUAUAAAUUCACAAGUUUAUGGUGGUGAUGGUAAUCGAGCUUUGGAAUUAUUAACUGAAAUAUCUGACGUAAAACAAAAUGAAAAAAUCAUUUGCGAUAGUUUACAAUAUUUGUUGAGUGUUACUUUCAAUACAACGAAUAAUAAACUUCGAGAAAAUAUUGUUAGAAUUAUACAAAACUCAGUAGAUGAAAUUGAACAAAAUAACAUUCAAAUAUUGAAAGAUCAAAUUGAUGGUACACAAAUUGAAUCUUGUUUAGCUGAUGAACUACGCGAACUUGCCAUUUUACAAACAUUAAAACUUGAUAAAAAUUCAUUGAAGAAUUUGAAAAAACGUGUUCAGCAAGGAUGUGCAAUAAGUGAAGAUCAAAUUAAUAUAUUGGUCGAUACUUUGGUAAAUGUUGAUGAGCAAGGACAAAAGCAAUCUGUCUACUCAGAGAUAAGUGAAAUAUUAUUUGAAAUAAAUCUUCGACAAGGUCUGAACAAUGCGAAUAUCAAUCGAAUCAGUCAGAAUUCUAAAUUACUGGAUUUUGUUGAUGUUAUGGGUAUUCUAGCUAUAGCCUUAAGUCGAAAUAUUCAAUUUCCAGAUCAAAUCAUCGAACGUUUUUGGAACCAAUGCUCGUCAGUCGAUCAUACAAAAGAUCAGAAAUUCAAAAAUUAUUUAAUUUGUGCAACAAAAGCAACAGUUGUCGUCCAACAGAAACCUGUACCGAUAUCCAUAUACGAAAAUAUUGUAGAUUUUCUAACUGACCAAACCGAGGCAAUUGAAACGAGAGUUCUUUGCGCAGAGAUUUUAUCCAAAGGAUUAAAGCAAAUUUCGAACUAUCCUCAAAUAAUACCAAUCAUCACUUUAUUGAAACAAGCUGCAUUAAUAAAACGAAGCAAUCGAAAUGAAGAUUUAUUAAAUAAACUUAUAUUUGAAAUUUUAGAAAAUCAUUUAGAAAGUGACUUUUUAAAAGAAUAUUACAUCCAAUUUAAAUCCAGAAUCGUCAAUUCUAAUGAAGAAUUAAAAGCACUCGAUAAUUUUAUGUUCACCAAUGAGAAGGUUGUUCCUGAUCGUGAUAAAUUCCAUCUAUUAUGUGCACUGAAUAACACAUUAUUCAAUCGAGAAAGAAUUGAUCCAACUAUUUUCAAUCAAUAUCCUGCCAAUGAAUGGCGAAAAGAAAUUUUAUCUAGUGAUUUACUAGCUGGAACAUUUGAAUUAAUCAAUCUCAAUGAUGGAGUCAGUGAAUUUGAGUUAAUAAAAUUCCGAAAUUCGAUUCAUUUAAUAAAUGAUUUUAUUCUUACACUCAAUCCAGAAAUUUAUUCAAUUGAAAAUUUGUUACAAACAUUAAUUGAUAAACAAAAUCUUUAUCAAAUUCCUCUUCAAAUGAUCAAUGAUAUUUUAUUAAUGCUGUUUGAAUCAAACGUGACAGAAGCAUUGGAUAUUGUCAAGCAAGAACAACAAACAUUUUUCACACAAUUACGUCAGUUAUGGUUAGAAACACGAUUGGAACAUUUUGCUAUCGAAUUUACAAAUGAAGAAUUAGGAGAAUUUAAUAUGUAUUUACCAUAUAGAAUAGAAAUAAUCAAUUUCGUUUUCAGUCAAAUUCAUGAAAAUACCAAAAUCGAUCAAUUAAUUUCAUUUUUUAGCAAACUAUUUCAAUGUGGUUUGACGACUGAAAGCAGAGAAUUCUUUCUAACAAAAGAAACAACAAAAAAAAUUAGUUUAAAUACUUUAACAUUCCGAUUGAACGAUCGAUUAGUUUGUGUAUUAUUAUCGAAUAAAUAUUCUAACUAUGCUCAAUAUUUCCGUGAUAGUGAAAAUUAUAAAUUAGGGACAAACGUUCCAUCGUUUGUAAAAAAUGCAUAUAACCAAGCAGACACGACAUAUUGGUACACGGGAGAAGAUAUCGCACAAAUCUCAUCGGAAUUGAUGAAAGAAUUUGACCUUCGAAUUACUCAAGCAUUAUGUCAACAAGUUGAUCGAGAUCUCUCGACAAUUUUAAUUGAGAUUUUGAAUGAAUAUAAACAAGAUUUGAAAACGACAAUUAUUCCAUUGAAUAUCGCUGGCAAUCAUUGGGUGACUGUAGCAAUAUUCUGUAAUCGAAACAAGCAGCAACAUGUUGUAUUAUACAAAGAUUCACUAGGUGAACAACAUCUCGUUGAAGAAAGAGAAAGAGUAGAAAAAAUCUUUACUGGUCAAUUGGAAAAUAUUCAAUUUAAAUUUCAUCGAUCAUGUGAACAAUCGGAUAGUUAUAAUUGUGGAGUAUUUACUCUCGCAAAUAUGCAUUAUAUAGCAGAGAACUUAUCUAAUAAGAAUCAACAAUCAUUUAUUGACAAUUUCCAUACUUCAAAUUUCACUACACAGAAACAAGCGGAUCAAUAUCGUCGUGAAAAAUUUCCAAAGAUGUAUGCUUUGAGUUUAUUUCAAUCCUUCAAACGGCGAAUCAAUGAAAACAAAGAAAUAGACUUAAAUUCAAAAGAAUUACUAAUCAAAAUCUCCGAGGACGAAGUUGAAACACUUUUAGACCAGCUUUGCGUGGAAGUGAAUGAAUCAAAUAAACAGAUUUUAUGUACAAAUUUAGGUUUAUCAAAUAAACAAUUCAUUAAAACUGAUAAACCAAUUGAUAUAAAAGAAUAUGAAAUCGUGAAAAAAUUACAUAGGAAAUUAACAAAAGUUUUACAUUCUGGCUGGGCGUUAAAAUCAAUCAAACAAAUAAUUGAUCACAUUGAUUCAGCAAAAAAAAUCCAAAGUUUAUUUGAUGCAUUAGAUCCAAUUUAUGAAUACGGUUUGAAAGAAUUUGAUAAUAAUAUUAAAGGAAAAAGUUUAAUUGAGAUUUUAACAUUAUCAUCAUCAUCAUCGUUAUUAUCAUCAUUAUCAUCAUGGUUCUUAUCGGACAGUUUAGCAAAACAAGUACAUGACUUGGCAGUAUUUCAAAUAUUUGGAGGAACUUACGAUAAAACUUUUCAACAAUUAAAAGAUGAUCUAUUAGAUCGAAAUCGAAAUCAAAAUAUUUCUUUUCUUCAAGAUAAAAAACUUAGCGAAGAAUAUCAAAAGGUUCAAACUGCAUAUGAAAAUAAAUCAUCAAUAUGUUCAGAUUUUGGAUUGAUUGAAGAAUGGUCAACGUCAGACAUCAAAACCUGGAGUGAAAAGAUCAAAGGAUUAACGUCGAAUUGUGUUAGUCAAUAUGAAAAAAUUGCAGUUGUGAAAAGAGCGGUGGAAAUAACGAGUAAAUUUCCACCGCGUGAAAUUCAGUUAUUAUCCGUAUUGAUAAUGCUAAAUUCUGAAAAAGAUAAGGGACGUCUAGCACAAAUCAAUACUGGCGAAGGUAAAACAACAAUUGUUGCAAUGUUAGCGGCCAUUAAAGCUCUGGAAGGACACCAAGUAGAUAUUGUCACGAGUUCACCAGAAUUAGCCACACCACAAGCUAUCCAGCAGAAAGAAUUUUAUCAACAAUUUAAUUUAACUGUAUCACAUAAUGGACAUGAUUUAAUUGAUAUUAAAAAACGAUAUAAUGCAGAUAUUGUUUAUGGUGCAGCAGGCAAUUUUCAAGGCGAUAUUUUACGUGAUGAAUACAGUAAAUUGGGCACUCGAAAUGGUCGAAAAUGUGAUGUAGCAAUUGUUGAUGAAGUUGAUUCAAUGUUAAUUGAUGGGAAAAAUCAUAUUGUGAUGUUGUCUUCACCAAUGCCAGCAAUGGACCAUUUAGAACCACUUUUAGCAGCGAUUUGGAUACAGAUUGGAGAGUUGGCCAAAUGCAUUGAAGAUAUAAAUGGUAUAAGUUAUUAUGUCGAUCAACCGGAUAUAUUCAACGAGGAUGGAACUAAAAAAUCUGAUCUAAUCGAACAUCUUUCUCCAAUCAAUGGCACAAAGGAAGAUUUUAUUAAAACUUGUACGGAAAAACAUAUACGAAAAGUGAUUCGAGAUAUUGAACAUUUACCAGAUGAAGAAGAUAAAAAAAUCCCUGAAAAAUAUCCCGAAAUUAAAAUUCCUAAACAUUUAAGACAAUUAGUAGUGGAAAGUCAGCUAACGAAAUGGAUUGAUAGUGCAAUUUAUGCUAAAUAUCGAUGUAAAAAUGAACAACAUUACAUUCUUAGAGAUGGAAAAAUUGCUCCAGUGGACGCGAGUAAUACAGGCAUUGUUCAGGCAAAUAUGCAUUGGAACGAUGGUUUACAUCAGUUUCUACAAAUGAAACAUGGUGCAAAAAUAUCUGCUGAAAGUUUAACAACAAAUUUUCUUUCCAAUGUUACUUAUUUCAGACGAUAUGGUUCAAAUAUUUAUGGAUUAACUGGGACACUUGGAAGUGAAAGUGCUCAAAGAUUAUUAAGCAAAAUUUAUCAAGUAGACAAUGUCAUUAUUCCACCAUUUAGAAAAAAACAAUAUCAAGAAUUAACACCAAUUAUUGUGAAUAAUGAAAAUGAUUGGUAUGAGAAUAUUGUUCAAAGUUCAAUUAAUAAACUCAACAAUGGUCGAGGUGUCCUAAUCAUUUCUAAAUACAUUGAAGAAGUAAAUGAAAUCAAAAACCGAUUGAUUAAAGCUGGGUACGAUGAAGCGAGAAUCAAGACAUAUAAAACUGAGGAUGAAUCCAAAACAGUUGAAGAAGAAAUGACACCUGGAAAAAUCAUUAUUGCUACAAAUAUUGCCGGGCGAGGAACAGAUAUUCGAGCGAAUAAAAUCGAAAUAAAUGGUGGAUUACAUGUUUUAGUGACAUUUCUUCCACCAAAUGAACGGGUUGAACAACAAAAUGUUGGCAGAACAUCGAGAACAGGAAAUAAAGGAAGCGGACAAUUUAUUUUAUUACAAAAAAAUGAAGAUAAUUAUCUAAAAUUAAAAGAAAUUCGAAAUCGAGAAGAAGAAAUUGGAAUACAUACGGCAGAGAAAGAAAUAGAAAAAGUAACGAUUAAAGACGCAAUAUUUGAAGAAUUUUGUAAACUACUCACAGAGAUUGGUGGAAAUGUCACUUUGAAAAACAAUCCAGAACAUAAAAUUCAAAUCCGAGCAGUGGAAGAUAGAUUUGGUAUUUGGUUAAAAUUGCAACAGACAACAACCAUGAAAGAAGAAAUGCUAAAGAAAUUUGAAAUCUUUCGACAAGAAAUUUUAAGUCAUAAAGAAAAAGACCAUCUAAUCCAAAAUCCAUAUUUUCAUGUUUUAAUUGGGAAUGAAUAUUUGAAAGAUAAAACGAACAAAAACAGACAAAAUGCUAUUCGUCAAUUUACCAAAGCAAUAGAACUAGAUGAACCUUUUCAAGUCAAUGCUUACUACAAUCGUGGAUACGCACGGCUUGUUGAAUGUGGAGGUAGUUACGAAAAAUAUAAAAAAGAAAUUGAUAAAGUAGUCGAAGAUUUUAAACGAGCAAAACAAAUCAUCGAAGAGAACUUGGAGCCAAUGUUACAUGUUAUUCAACAAGCAUCAAACUCCGAAGCUUUAUCUGAACAAGUAUCACAUAAAAUGACACUUUAUGGAAUACAAAAGAAUACAAUUGAAAUGACCAUUGGUCAAGAUAUAAAAUCACAGAUCGAAGUAUUAGUAAAAGAGAAACAAGAACAAAAAGAUGCAACAGAGAGAAGACGAAAAGAAAUUGAGAAUCAAUUGAAAGAAUUAAAAAGAAAACAAAUACAUCAAGAUCAACGAGAAUUAAUUGAAAAACAAAUCAAUGAAUUAAGAAAUGAAGAAAAAGAACAACUAGAUAGGAUGGUAGAUAGUGAAAAAGCAAUCAAUAAUCAAAUAAAAAAUUUACAAGUAAAUCAAGAAGAAAAAGAACUUGGAAUUCUUGGUAAAGCAUUAAAACAAAAGCACGAUAUUAAAAUCGAAGAUAUAGAAAUUGAACAAUCUUUACCACAAGAUGAAGAUAUUACAUUUUAUAAGGAGGAGAUUGAAGAAUAUAAAAAUAAUGGAUUUCGAGGAUCUUUCAAAGUAAAAGAUAUCAAACCAAUUGAUUGGAAGGCAGUUAUUGGUGUUGCUGCUCUUGGUAUGGCACAAUUAAUUGGAGGAGCAGCAAUUGCUGUAUUCACUCUCGGUGCUGGUACUUCUAUUGGUAUGGGAUUAAUUACUGAAGGAGUUAGUGAUCUUAUUACGGCAGUAAAAGAUGGUAUUAUUAAUCGAGAUUUUAGUUGGGUAUCAUAUGUAAUACAAAAAGCCAUUAGUUUGACUGUAUCUCUUGUAUGUGCUGGAUUGGGCGCAAUAAAAGAUGCUGCUAAAACUGCAGUUGCUGGAGUUAAAAGUAUUGGUCAAGUAAUGACAACAGCGGUAAAAGCAGGAUGGAAAAUAGCCGCAAAAGCUAUUGGAACAGGUUUAGCUAAAGGUGUAGCGAAAGAAUUAGUAACACAACUUGUUGAUUAUGGUGUGAGUAAAAAUUUGAUUCCCGUUAUACAAGAUGAAGUAAUGAAACGAAUUGAACAACCAAUACAAAAUGCAUUACUAGCCAAUGUUCGUGUGAAAAAAAUGUUAGAAUUAGAUGGAGCAAAUCGAAAUAGUUAUUAUGAACAUUUAAUUGAAAGUAAAGCAAUGCAAUUGCUGAAUUCAGAUAAGCAACAAAGUGCACUACUAACCAUAACUGUUGGUAUAGGUAGUGGAAUAGCUAAACAGAAAAUAGAAGGCUUAUCGACAAUAUUAAAUGCCGUUGAAGUCACGCGAGCUUUAGUUCAAUUGGAUACCUUUGUGCCCAAUUUUAUCGAAAAAUUAAACAGAGCAAUAAAUGAACUAUAUGAAGAACAAAAGAUAGAUGAGAAAGGAUCUCAAAAUCAAGUUAAAUCAGAAGAGCAGCAACAAUACACAAUAGAGAAAAAAAAUAUUGUUAACAGCAAAGAAGAAAAUAGCAGCCAAAAUUAUACAUCGAACUAUACUCCGGAAAUAUUAGAUGAAGAUAUUAAUGUUAAAAAUGUUAAAGAAGAACAACAAGUACAAUUGGAAAAAAAAAGUAAAUCUUCCGACGUGUUAUGUGGAAUAUUAGCAACGAGUGUAUCUGCGAAAAUGUGUAAUAUUAUACAGAAAAAAUUAAUUACUCCUGUUACUCAGACGGGCAUCAAUUAUACUAUGACAAAAUUGACAUCUGGGUUAGAUAAAAGUGUACAAGAUGAGAUUGGGAAUUUGCAGACCGUAAGAAGAACCCAGUUUUUUCAGGACGGAGAUAAAGGUAAUAGGAUACCCGAUGAAUUCAAAAAAGGAAUGCAUAAUCCGGAAGCGGUAAAGAAAGUAGGCGAAAUGAUAUAUGAAGUGGAAAAUGGCGGGGAAGCUGGAUUACCGCAUUUAGGACCAUUAAGCGAUGCAGCUGGAAGACUGAUAAAAGUGUUAGAUGAAAAUGGACAACUCGUAUACAUUAUUGGUGCAGAUAAAGGUGGUGAACCAAUCGAAGUUGAAUAUCAUAAACCAAAUGAAAACAAUCCUUCUGGACAUUGGACUUUACCAGGAGGAAAAGAACCCACACUUGGUGAUACAGGAAAAAAUAAUUGUUUGUUCAAUGUUGUCGCGCAAACUACAGGAGAAGAUCCUAAUGAAUUAAGACAAAAUACCGUUGCCAUAAUGAAAACUAAUAUAGGAAAUCUUGCAAAUCAGCUUCCUGAUUUUAUAAGAUUACAGAAGGAUAACAGAGAUGCACUAUUAUUAGGAGGAUUUAAGCAUCAUCUUGGUGAAGAACGAACCAGGUUACAUAAAUCUCAGGGUAGUAUACCUUAUGGAUCACCCAGAAAAGGACACCCAAACCACCAUGUACAAGGCAAUAUGUCGCUUGAUGAGAUAGCUAAAAAAUCAACACAUACAAAUUUUCUUAACGAAAGUGAUCAGAUCAAAUGUACCAAAGAGGGCAUGGACUACAUCAUUGGAAAUCAAAAACUUUCACAAGAUCUACAAUUUGUUAAAGCAGAAGUGACAUUCCCUUUGAAGAACCCGGUCCUCGUAACUAUUUCUGAGAAAAAUGCGGAAACAAAUUACGGUUUUGCUGACAGCGCCACACUUGUUCUGCAUAAUAGAAAAAAUGAUCAAAAUCAACCAGAUUCAUAUGGCCCUAUGCACGUGCAGACAAUCUUUGCUCAUCCAGCAAGUUUUGGAAACAGUCCCACAUAUAAACUUACAGUAAGCAGAAAAAAUCUUCAAACCAACGAAAUAGAAAAAACAACUACUACUCAUAUUCCGGAUGAACAAUGGGCGACACCAAGGAAGUGA